AUGUCUCAGCUGCCUUGCUCAUUCCCUCCUGCCGUUCUAGCCGUCAGUGCCAAUCUCGAUCCCUUCCCGUCGCUCUCGCCGCCAGGGGAGUCCCACUUCAUCACUAGCCAGCAGCCCCUCUCCUCUUCGGAUUUGAAGAGGAGAGUUCAUCCAUCCUUCAACAACCCCUUUAUCUUCAGAUUCGAAGAGAAGGUUUCAUUCUCCAUUGACGAGCAGCCAUCCACUUCGUCCACAACCUUCGUCGACAGAUUGGCCAUCAGAGAAGCUCCAUCCAGCAGCCCCCUCUCCACUACGGAUUCAAAGAGAAUUUGGCUCUCUUUGGCACACUAUUGUUCUUGGAACUGGAGACCUUCGGACCUUUCCAAAGCGGCACAAGGUUUGUUCUGCCUUGGUGCAACUUAUAGAAGUUCGACCAUCAUUCCUAGAGUGCCUUUUCAGAUAUUUUGAAGGUGAAUGGAGGUAUUAAAAAAUUCAGCUAAAUAGCUCGUGUAUGGAUGAUUACAGGAGCAACAACUACAUGCUAUGUGGCACUACAUCCGAACCUCAUGGGUGUGACUGGGAAGUACUUCGAUGAAGAACUAUCAAGAAGACUUUGGGAUUUAAAUGAGAAGAUGGUUAAAGUCAAUGAGUAAAGAACAUUUAAUUCAAGAGGAUAAGUAACAUCUAUAAAGAUCCUUUAAGUUCAUGCAAUAAGAUGUAGACGAUAGAAGUAGUUUUCAGUGUCUCAAAUUAAAAUUUCUUUGUAUGCAAGUAAUUAUGCUUGUUAUAAAGUGUAUGGAUGAUAAUUUAUAUAUUUAUCUUGGUUGUUUAUUUAAUAA